UUUUGGAAUUGUUUAUCUAGGAACGUCACGGGACGGACACAAGUGGCAACAGACUCCAGGAGGCAGCCCAUUUUUGGUUAUCCCGUCCGGCUGCAUUUACAGUCGACAACUCAUUUGGAAAUGAAUUGAGCAACUGACUGGACUUGUGUGUAAGUUUACCAGGCGGACAGCAACAGUAAGAAAUGCGCCAACUAUUUCUCGUUUUGUUUUUCGACCUUUGCGUCGUCGUCUACUUCACCUCGGCAGGUAUCCUCGAUUCUUUCCUCCUCGGUCUGCAUUCAGCCUCGGAAGGUACGACGUCGACUAGCAACAGCCCACCGCCAUCAGAGUCGACUGGAAAUAGCCAGACGGCCAUCGCCAAAUACACCGGCAAGUGGCACACCAACAGCUCCUCAUUUUAUGUGCCGACCGAUGACGGCGGUCAACUUCGUAUCGAUUUGUGUGAAGGUGACAUCAUCGUCCCGUUGACAUUUGAUGGAAAGGAUCAAGUGACCGUCAAAUCGACCAAAUUCCCAUACAAACGAUCAACUCCGCUCAUCUGUUCGUGGAAUGUCCAGGUGACUAAGAACUGCUGGCGUGGAAUGGUCACCAUGAAAAUCGACGGAUACAGUCGACUGGCCGAUCUCGGUGGAUGUCGCCAUGGAUACUACACCGUCUCUCCCUUCAUGAACGACACCAAGAUUUGUGGGCGUAUCAACACCGUCCCUGAUUUCCAGUGGUACGUCGAAAACCAACAGCCGGAAAAUGUGACCAUCACUCUAAGACACGCCGGACUCAACGAUGGCUUCGCCGAAGGAUUGGGUUUUACCUUGUCAGGUGAAUGCCUUCCCAAUGCGUCAAACAUGACUCUGGAAAAAGCCACAGAAUCUUACAACAUCUGGCUACAACAGCUUUCAACUAAACAAUCAGAGGGUGGACCCACGGUUUACAUACCGUCGGAAAAUGAUUCCAGCGAUUCCAUCGAUAAUUCUACGACACCCACCACUUUGUCACCGACUACGGAAAUCAGCACAACUGUUGCCGCCAGUCAGGAUCUUGGUACGACUGCCGUUCAACCUCCUGUCCUCCAGUCCAACAUCUCUACUAACGAAUCCUUGGCGGAAUCUCAUCCGCAUAAUGUGACCGUAUCUGUUAAUUUAUCCACGGAGUCCAACAAUGUCACGGAGAUCCCUUCGACGACCACCCUGAUGCCGUCCUCGACAAUCCCUACAACUACUACUACAGGCAGUCCCAGUGAUCCUGUGGCUUUGCCCGGUUCGAGCUCCUUGUUGAAUAAUUCCUCAGUUGUUGGCACGUCAACGAAAAAUCCAACCACGUCGUCAACUCAGCCGACUAGCAGUUUUAGCCCCACCACAAAACGUCCGUCGUCUGCUUACACUUCCAACGGCGAUCCCGAUAUUCCCUGGCUCAUUUUGAAAGCGCCAGAGGAAGAAUUUUUGACGGAAUAUCGUCCAUCGCCUGCUGCUGUGGAUUCUCCGUUGAAUCGGCCCAAUGUCCCCGUGUCCGUUCAAUCGCCCAAACCCAGCAAUAACCCAAUUAGCCCAUCAUUUGCAGAGCUCUUUGUAGACAUUGACAUUCCCGAUAGAAUCCGUGAUCCUGCUGAUACCAGACCAUUAACCAUCCGUACUAGCAAACCUUAUUCCAAACGUAAACAGCAAUUGCCACCAGCAAAAGUCCAAGUUCCUCCUAGAAAUCGGCGACCGAAUUUGCCAGGGAAUAAUCCGGAACCUCCCACAAUAACGGAUCAUCGUCAUCCAUUUUUGUCGAACCAAAAGAAACCGUCGAAUGGCGUUGCCAAUUUGGCAGAAAACAAUUCUGAAGUGAUUUUGAUCGACGUCGUCUUGAAAUCGCCAAGCAACAAGCCGGAAAAUACCAGCAACAACAUUUCCGCCAUUAUUAGUGAGCCGGGCAAGAUGACAUCCAGCAACUCGAGUCAUUCGCCUAUUAAACUUCCGCCAUCGACGACCAUCAAAGCUUCCAGCAGCAAUCGACCCAAUUUCUACAAGCCACCCCUUCGUAACCCUUUGUUGACAUUUGAAGACUAAUUGCACGCUGAUUUUUAAUUUUUUAAAUGAUUAAAAGUUAAUCAUUAACUCAAAUGACACUACAAAUAACUCGGAUAAACAUGUGCAAUUCCCUUGGAAUGGGUUGCCUGUUUAGUGUUUAACUGUCGUUGCUUUCAUCUGUUAUCAGAUUCUGUUUAACUUAUUUUUCAAUUCUAGAUUUUUAUUCGACAAAUAAAAGUUUGUCUUUACUUUCAGAA